AUGACCACCGAGCACGAUGAUAAAAAGCGCCGGCUCGACGAGGGCGACCAGCUCAUCACCUCCAACAACCCAGAGCACCCGGCCAACCUCAUCCCUUCACUGUGUGCCAAAUUCUGGACCCUCGGAUGGGUGACUGGUACCGGAGGCGGAUGCUCAAUCCGCGAAAAAGAUCUCGUCUACAUCGCCCCCUCCGGCGUCCAAAAAGAACUCAUGAAAAACACAGACAUAUACGUCCUCUCACUCGCCGCCCAAGAACCAACCUUCAAGCAACGCACCUACCUCCGCUCACCACCGUGCUACAAACCAUCGCAAUGCACGCCCCUCUUCCUCGCGGCCUUUACGCGCCGCAACGCCGGCUGCUGCAUCCACACGCACUCCCAAUGGGCCGUCCUCGUCACUCUCCUUCUGGAAGCGCAAGGGCCGGGAAACGACAAGGUCUUUGAGAUCAACAACAUUGAGCAGAUCAAGGGCUUCGGGAAGGGCAUGACCAGGCAGGGGAACUUGGGGUAUCAUGAUACGCUGAGGAUUCCGGUGAUUGAGAAUACGCCGCAUGAGGAGGACUUGACGGAGUAUUUGGAGGAGGCGAUGGAGAAAUAUCCGGAUACGUAUGCCGUGUUGGUGAGGAGGCAUGGCGUGUAUGUUUGGGGGGAUAAUGUGCACAAGGCGAAGACGAUGUGUGAGAGUCUUGAUUAUUUGUUCCAGUUGGCGGUGGAGAUGAAGAAGCUGGGUCUUCCUUGGAUUAGUGAGAUUGCUCGCGUUGCGCCUGAUCGGGCUUGA